AUGCGGGAAAAACUGCGUAGCGAGAUGCUGAAAACGGGUAACCAGCUUCGGCUUGAAAUGGGCCUACGGGGUGAGCGCAGGAAACAGGAAAAGGCAACGUUGAAAAGUCAGGCGGAAGAGUUGGACAAUGCUGCCCUCAAGGUACACCGUGACCGGGAGGAGGAGAUGAAAAAAGCGGAAGUGGUGAACAAUCGUGACGAGGCGGAGGAAACGUUCCGAAAGUACGAUUCAAACCAGAAUCAAAUGCUCGAGCUGUUUGAACUGCAAACUCGGAUCGUGUUCGACAAGAACCGUGACGGUGCGGUAACGGAAGAUGAGGCACGCAUUCCGGACUGUUCAAAGCACCGGGCGGAAACCAUGAAGAGCAGGAGGUGGUUGAAGAAGCGGAACUACAAUCGGAAGGGAUGUACGAUUUGGAGGGUAACGAAGCCAACGAUCAAACCGGGCAAGACGGGCAGUACGGGGAUGAGGAAUAUCAGCGCUUCAACGCCCACGAGGAGGAUCACGAGGCUUUGGACGAGCACGACGGAAGAAGAUGAAGGCGACGAUGUUGGCGAGGGAGAGAUUGAAGAAGCGGCACGGGAAGCAGCCGUAAAACCGGCAGUAAAGUAUGAUCCCGUCACGCAGGAUCUGAUUUACAAGGCGCUUCGAUCGCCUUGUUAA